GGAGGUGGAGAGGCUGCAGGAGAGUCUGGCGGGGGGAGAUCCAGACGUGCCCCGGGUGUCUUGGGGGCUCUUCCUGGGCAAAGGGAGGCAGAGGAGGAAGAGACCUGCGCCCGGCCCUCCUCCGGCUCCAACCCCAGAUCCCAUGCUCCCCAGCCGCCCUCUCCAUGCAAAGAGCCUGAGUGGGGGGAGGGGAUGCCCUGCAGGAGUGGAGAGAAGCCGGGCGAGGAGGAGGCAGGAUUCGCACCAGGCUACCAGGCUCUGGAGAUACAGAAACUAGAAGCCAUUUGUGGUCUUUGCAAGGCAAACUUUUCCCUUGGGGGAAAAUAAAAAGAGUGGAAUCCCUUGCAGGGAUCAGUCCUGCAGCAUCAGAAAUGGUCUCCAUGAAGGAAAAGGCAUCCGGAGACCCACCAGAGUCCUUGGAACCAUUUGGAGUUGCUCUGCAGGACAGAGAAAGGAUGGAGACACAACCUUUUGGAAAGGAGGGAAAGGGAAAAAUUCCUGGGAAGGGGCGGAAGCUCUGGAGAAGGUCUGGGCAGGAGAUCCCGGAGGAGGAAGCCAUCCUCCCUUCAGAAGUUCAGCCCUGGAAGUUCAUCCAAUACUGGGAUACUGAAGGUCCCCGAGGACUUUGUAGCCGACUCCAUGACUUUUGUAGGCGAUGGCUGAGACUAGAAAAGCACACCAAAGCCCAGAUGCUGGACCUGGUGGUUCUGGAGCAGUUCCUGGCUCUCCUGCCCCCAGAGAUGGAGUGCUGGGUGCGGGAGUGUGGAGCAGAGACCAGCUCCGAGGCUGUGGCCCUGGCUGAAGGCUUCCUCUUGAGCCAGGUGGAGGAGCAGAAGGAGCAGGUCGAGUUGCAGUCCUGCACUGUGGAGAUCAGAGAUCCUGAGGGAAAGAAGAAUCCAUCAAAUCCCCCCCAGGAGCUAUUUUUGAGGAGGAUCUCUUGGGAAGAUCCAAGUCAGAACACCUCAAGAGAGAAACAAAGAAUGAAAUUUUCUGGUUUUUAUGACGGAGAUCAAGCAGUGGUUGAACCUUCAAAUCAAGUUGAAUUUCUCCUUGUUCGGUUUCCAUCCAUUAUUCCUUGACUGGCCUUCAGGUGCUUUGGAAAAUAGCUUGACCUCCCUCCUCUCUGUGGCAGCCCCUCAAAUAUUGGAACACUGCUACCCUGUCUCGCCUGGUCCUUCUCUUCACUAGACUAGCCAUGCCCAGUUCCUGCACCCGUUCAUCGUAUGUUUUAGCCUCCAGUCCCCUCAUCAUCUUGGUUGGUCUUCCUUGCACUCUUUCUAGAGUCUCAAGAUCUUUUUUACAUCAUGGGAACCAAUACUUGAUGCAAAGUUCCUAAGUGUGGUCUUACCAAAUCAUUAUAAAGUGGUACUAUACUUCAUGUGAUCUUGAUUCUAUCUCUCUCUUAAUGUAACAUAUGAUUCUGUUGGGUGUCUUUUGGCAACUGUAGCACACUGCUGGCUCACGUUUAAGCGAUUGUCCACUAGGACUCCAAGAUCCCUACUUUCUACUGUAGAGCCAGGUAUCACCUAUUCUAUGGCAGUGCAUUUGGUUUUUCUUUCCUAAAUGUAGCACAUACAUUUCUCACCAUUGAAGUUCAUUUUGUUAGAAGGUGCCAAUCUGUCAAUCCUUCUAUAUCUUGAGCUUACCUUGUGGAGUGUUGGUAUUCCUGUCAAUUUGGUCUUGUCUGCAAAUUUGAUGAGUUCCCCUUCUAUCUCCUUGUCUAAAUCAUUGAUGAAGUUGAUCAGACUUUGUGAAUCUGUUCUGUUCUUUUUUCCG